AAGAUAUUUCUUCUGAACUUGUUAAAAAAUCUUUUAAAAAAUAUAAAAUUAUGAAUGAACUUAAUGGAAGCGAAGAUUAUUUAAUGUAUAAAGAAAAGAAUAAUAGUACUUUAGAGAAACCAUUUAUUGUUUUAACAGAUGAUUUAGAAGAAAAUCAAGAAAAUGUUUAA